AAGUGACGUGGGUCACUUCAGUUUCAGUAGUUGCAGAGAUGGCGGUCCUAGGUAACCGGAGCUUGCUGCUUCUCGUGCUGACUGCCUUGUCGCUUAUGGCAGGGGAUGCCCAAGGAACUGAGCCGUCUCGCUGGAGGAUCGUGGAGCCUUCGAACGAGUAUUUCUCUUUCGGAAAGAUCCUUUUCAAGAACUCCACCAUCUUCAUCAAAUUUGAAGGUGACCAGAAGACGUGCGACCAUUCUCUGAGUUACAACAUCAGUUGGUACCUACGCCACUGCAAUUGUUAUAAUGAGCUCUCAAACUUUAGGAAAGAGCAGCCCGAGCAGUAUAUAUCGUCUCCUACGGUGGUGCAAGGAGGUUGGACGGGAUCGUAUGCGUCUGGCUCUUUCGUCGUGCAGAAUUGUGUGGAGCUUUUCAAACCCAUGAUGUUCUACAAGACCUACAACGAGCCAACGUACCUCUAUGAUGACAAGCACGAGAGGAAAGACAAUGAGACUGUGAAGCCGGUGUCUACUGAAAAACCCGCAAUGAAUGCUGUCAUGAACACGUGGCAGGACGGUCCAUACCUAUUUAUUGCCCGCGUUAUGACACAAACAACCCAGGAGGGGGCACCGAGAACAAAAAGAAAUGAACCUGCCGCUCCAGUUGUCACAACUACACCCAGUAGCAAAGACAACACCUUCACCAUGAUUGUGGAAGUGAAAGGACCUUAUGAAUAUCUAACGCUGGCUGACUACCCGCGGAUGAUUUUCUUCAUGGUCAUGUGCAUCGUAUACGUGCUCUUUGGCGUUCUGUGGUUGGCUUGGUCUGCCUGCUAUUGGAGGGACUUGCUCCGGAUACAGUUCUGGGUGGGCGCCGUCAUCUUCCUGGGCAUGUUGGAGAAAGCCGUGUUCUAUGCAGAGUUCCAAAACAUCCGUUAUAAGGGAGAGUCAGUUGAAGGAGCGGUUAUCCUUGGAGAGUUACUUUCAGCUGUGAAGCGAUCGUUGGCGCGAAUACUCGUCAUCAUCGUCAGUCUGGGAUAUGGCAUUGUGAAGCCACGGCUCGGCGCUACUUUGCAUAAGGUGGUGAUGGCCGGAUCCCUCUAUCUGCUGUUUUCUGGUAUGGAAGGCGUUGUUCGAGUCACAGGAGCGCAGUCUGAUCUCGCCUCCCUGGCUUUCAUUCCUCUGGCUUUUCUUGACACUGCCUUGUGCUGGUGGAUCUUCAUAAGCCUGACGCAGACCAUGAAGCUGCUGAGACUGCGAAGGAAUGUGGUCAAACUGUCUCUCUACCGGCACUUCACCAACACUCUUAUCCUGGCCGUAGUAGCAUCAGUUGCGUUUAUUGUAUGGACUACUAUGAAAUUCCGCCUGGUGGAUUGUCAGUCGGACUGGCAGGAGCUUUGGGUUGAUGACGCCAUUUGGCGUCUCCUGUUCUCCAUGAUUCUUUUCGUCAUUAUGAUCCUUUGGAGGCCAUCAGCAAAUAACCAGAGAUUUGCCUUCUCUCCGCUGACUGAAGAAGACGAAGAUGAUGAACAGAAGGAACCGAUGCUAAAAGAAAGCUUUGAGGGUAUGAAAAUGAGAAGUUCAAAGCAGGAAACAAAUGGAAACAGUAAAGCAACCAAAGCUGAAGAAGACCUGAAGUGGGUAGAAGAGAACAUCCCAUCUUCUGUGACUGAUGUAGCUCUCCCUGCGCUGCUUGAUUCAGACGAGGAACGAAUGAUAACGCAUUUUGAAAGGUCUAAAAUGGAAUGAAGAGGUGGAUCGUAAGAUGGAGUAAGACAUUGCAUAUACACUGUGGGGGGGCAGUGCAGAACGGAGGAUAUUUCAGAUCUGCGACAUUGGGAAGAACUAAAGAAGUCGCAAAGUGCUUUGGAAUGAAUCCUUUCCCCCUCAGUCGCCGAUCUAAUUUACAAUACGUCCCUUUGCCUUCCACAAGACUGAAAGUGCCAUUCAAGGGAGCCUUUAACCAACCUUCCCAUUACAGAAGUUUCCAGAAGAAUUUGCUUUAGUCCCUCCAGGCUCCAGAGGAAACUUUGACGUUUUUGGCCAGCUGGUGAGCGGAGAGGUUCUAUGACUGCUUCUGCCCUUUAGGUUUACAUGUAGAAUUUCAUGCUAUUCAGCCGAGGAAUUGUGAUGAUUUGCGUUUACUGAUUACGGUGAAAGUUAAGGGGUGAUAACAUUACUUUUGCGCUUUCUUCUGUUUUGUGUACGAAGCACGUCCUUGUUUUUUUAUUUCACCAAAACUUGGUUUGCUCUACUCAUACUGUGACGCGCACCCUUUUAAUAGUCCGCCAUUCAUGGUUUGUAAUAACAAAGGCUUUUGGGCAAUAAAUGUGCACUUCGUCUGACUUGGGGUUCAGAUCAUCGGUUGGUUAAGCAGGGCGAUUACACCCUGCGACAACAGCUUUUUACGUGAACGGUGACUGCUGGAGAACCCCGACCGUCACGUCAACCACAACGCAGUAUACUGGACCUCAGGAGACAUCAUCAAUGUGAGCCAAGUCUAAUUUCUAUACAGCGAUGGGAAUAAAGGACUGAUGUGCACAUCGUUAAUGCAACCCCUGCCCUCUAAGUUGCAUUUUAGUUUUAAUGUUAUUUUGCUGUUUGGGUGACAUGUUUACGCUUUCUAAGUAAGUUGUGUUUUGUCUUUUUUUUUUUUUUUUUAUAAAUAUAAAAAAUACAGAAAAACA